UGAAAGAGACUGAAAGUACGAGCGAAGACAUUUCGCAGUCGUUAAGUGUAUGUCAGAUGCAUUGCCACACAAUGUGUGCAUCUCUCUGGCUGUGGGUGAUUUUGGGAGGUUUCCAGCUAGUUGCCUCUCAGUUUCCCCGUGCGUGUGCCACGGUAUCUGCUUUGCAAUCCAAACAAUGCUGCCCUUCCCACGGCUCCGAUCCGGCGGUGCUCUGCGGGGCAGAAUCCAAUCGGGGCAUAUGCGCUGAUGUGCAGGUCAUCAACAAACCCUGGAGUGGCCCUUAUAACUUGCGAAACGUGGACGAUCGGGAGAGGUGGCCGCUCAAAUUCUUUAAUCGGACCUGCAGGUGUACCGGAAAUUAUGCCGGAUACAACUGCGGAGGGUGCAAAUUUGGAUGGGCUGGUUUGAACUGUGACCUGAGAAAACCACCAGUGAUAAGAAAAAAUAUUCUUUCAUUAACCCCAACGGAGCAGGAGCAGUUCUUGGAUGCUUUAGAUAAAGCUAAAACGACAAUCCAUCCAGAUUAUGUCAUUGCAACCCAACACUGGCUGAGUUUGCUGGGGCCAAAUGGAACUCAGCCACAAGUUGCAAACAUAUCAAUAUAUAAUUAUUUUGUGUGGCUUCAUUACUAUUCUACAAGAGACACACUACUAGGACCUGGUCGACCAUUUAAAGGUAUUGAUUUUUCACAUCGAGGUCCAUCUUUCCUUACUUGGCAUCGAUACCAUUUGAUGUUACUGGAGAGAGAUUUACAAGAACUCAUAGGAAAUGAAUCAUUUGCACUUCCAUACUGGAAUUUUGCCACAGGAAAUAAGGAUUGUGAUGUGUGUACAGAUUCUUUGUUGGGAUCCCAACGUCUUGAUGAACAGUCAUUAAUAAAUCAGAGCUCUAGGUUCUCGCGAUGGGAGAUUGUAUGCGACAGUUUGGAUGAUUAUAAUCGCUUUGUUACUCUUUGUAAUGGAACAAAUGAGGGUCCGAUCAGGAGAGGGUUCAUGGAAAUGAACAACGUCCAGUUGCCAACCAUGGAGGAUAUCUACCAUUGUUUAUCUGUCAAAGACUUUGAUUCUCCACCUUAUUUCCAGAAUUCUAACUUCAGCUUCAGAAAUUCGCUUGAGGGGUUUGCUGCACCAGAUGGGGAAACUAAAUCUAAUGAGUUUCAGAGUCUUCAUAACCUGGUUCAUUAUUUUUUAAAUGGAACAAAUGCACUUGCGCACUCUGCAGCAAAUGAUCCACUUUUUGUGGUGCUUCAUGCCUUUACGGAUGCUAUUUUUGAUGAGUGGAUGAAACAAAACAGUCCCUCCAUCAGCGUGUGGCCUGAAGAGAUGGCACCUAUUGGCCACAACAGGCAAUUUAACAUGGUGCCGUUUUACCCAUCUAUGACUAAUGAGGAGCUCUUUGUACCUUCCAGUGAGCUUGGAUAUUCAUAUGAAAUUGAGUUAUCAGAACCUCAAACUUCCUUGAGUAUAAUACUUGGUGUGACCUUCAGUGGAAUCUUCGUGGGUCUUGUCUUUUUGAUUGUCAUGCUGAUAAUAAUUCCACACCAAAGAAGAAAUCGAGGUUUUGAAUACUUGUUGAAUUCAAAGUUUUCCAACAAAAUGUAUACUGAAGAAAUUUAGCUUAUGCUUGAUAUAACUAUUAUUGCCAUAAUUAUGUUACUUCAAGGGUGAUUUAAAUGUAUUACAUCAAAGCAUGACCAAUAAUGUUUUAGACAUUUCAAUUUAUCUGCUUGUAGUGCUAUGAUUGAACUGACAAAUUAGCUUCUUAUUGCCUGUGUACUCAGAUUAAAAUUGGAUUCAAUUAAUUUGAAUGUUUCAAAAUAAUGAUAAAAUCAUCGCAUGAAAUUGUUUCAUCUUCUACAGCAAUUACAUUUAUAUUCCAUAUGUAUUUGAUUUAUAUGAUCUGCCAUCAAUGAUAAUAUAUUCUUAGAAAUUUUGGAUAUCACUGCUGGAAUUUGUGGGAUUUUUUUCUUUUAUUUACUGAUCUGUAAAUCGCUUGGAUCUUUCAUUUUUGAAGUGCUUUCAAAUUGAAAAUGUUGAUUCAAUAUGGUGGAAAUGUUACAUUUUAUUUCCAAUUCAUGAUCUAUAUUUUAAAAUAAACCAUCUAUAGUUAUUAUC